AUGCCAUCAUCUUUUAAAAUGUCACCUAAACCGGUGGAUUCAAUUGUUAUCGAUGACUUAUUAACACAAAAACCAACAACAACACUUUUACAUUCAUCAAAUAUAAAAAAACAAUAUCAUCAUCAUUUAUAUAAUUAUUGGACAUUAAAUGAACGUUUAAGAUCAAAAAAUGAAAAAUUAACUAAAAUACAACAAUCAUCAUGUCGUUUUACAUUCUAUUCAUUAUGGUUAUUUGUAUUAGCAGGUGUUAUGGGUAUUAUAGUAUAUCGUUUUACAAAUGAUUGUCCAUUAACAACAAAUGAUAAAAAACAAUAUAGUUUAAAAUGUUUAAAACAUAUUCUCUUUCUUGUUGCUAUAUGUAUUGGUAUUCUUGCAUGCAGUGGUGUUAUGUGUGGUGCUUGUCGAUAUUUUCGUUCUCAACCUCGACAAUUGUUAAAUAAUGAUGAAUGUGAAUUACGUUUAAUAUCAAAUUAUGACGUUUUACCAAUAUCUGAUACAUCACGUUCGUGUUGUUGUCAAAGAUCAUUGAUUAACGAUGCUUCGUUAUUACCGUCUCAACAAAUAUCGAAUCAUAACGAUGAACAUUCAAAUAUUACUGUAAAUUCAUCUAUACAGAAUAUAUCAUCACAACGCAAGGUGCCUCCAUUUACAUACGAAGAAUUACCACCAACCCGCUCAUUUUCUCCUCCAUCAUUACCACCAUUACCGAUACCGCCAAGCGUUAAUUUAAACUCAAAAUUGUCUAAUACUACUAAUAAUAAAAGUAUAUUUUUUUCAUCGUCUACUUCAUCUUCAUCAUCACCACAAUCAAUUUUUUCUGCAACAGUAACUCCUGAUAAUCCUAAUGCAACAACUUCUAAUAAUAAUAAUAAUAAUAAAAAACGUAAAUCAACAUUAACUUUCGAAGAUGCUUGUGCAAGUACUCCUACUUCUUAUACGACUUGUGUAUGCGGAACAGAUGUCUGGGAAAGACAGCAAAAGCCAUAA